AUGCCUCCUGAAAACAGCAGUGGAAGCGCUACCUGUCUGUAUGCCAUUCUGGGAAUCGAACGUGGAGCUAGUGAAGCUGACAUCAAAAAGGCGUACCGUCGUCUUGCGCUAAAGUGGCACCCGGACAAAAACUCAGAUGUCAAUAAGGAGGAGGCGGAGAAGCGAUUCAAGGAAAUUAGUGCAGCCUACGAAAUCCUCUCAGAUGCAGAAAAACGUCGAGUCUACGAUCGGUAUGGGUUCGCCGGCUUGCGUGGCAGUCCUUCCCAUAACGACGCAGCAAACCGGUCACCUCGUCCUUCACCCCGUCGUUCAAAUUAUUCGUUUUUCGACAAUAAUGACGACUUCUUCAACUUUGUAUUUCGUGAUCCUGAGGAGAUUUUCCGUGAAUUUUUCGCUGAACACAUAACUAUGAUGAACAGUUUUAUGGAGCCCUUUACUACAGCCACAACGGAUGGUGUCGUUGGCCGAUCUGGGUCUAGCCGUUCGUCGGCAACCCCUGCAACUCAUGUUUCCCAUCCUGUUCGCCGUGCGAAUACGCGCAUUCCCGACCGAGGUGGUUCUCUAUUCACUACUUUCAUGUCAACAGCGGGCGGUGUAGGUUCUCCCAAGGAUGGAAGUAUUUCGCAUAGUUUCACCUUUUUCUCAUCCUCGCCUAACGUUACUGCGACUGCUCAUCAGAGCGGAACAAAGUUUACGUUUGGAAGUAAAAGUGGUUCGUCCGGAAUGCCAGUUAAGGGCACUUUCAGGUCAACAUCGACAAAAUUCCUUGGUGGCAAGUGCGUGACGACACGACGCGUAAUACAGGAUGGUGUUGAGACGGUUACAAUCGAGGAGGAUGGAGUUGUCAAGUCUAAAACGGUGAAUGGACAGAGAGUUGCCAUAAUGAGCGCAUGA